UCGUCCUCCUGAUAGAGCUGUUUACUAACGACAAUAAAUAAGUUAUAGCUAUGGAAAAGGAAUGACAUUUCAAGCAGACUAUUUAACUGUACGGCAAUUUUGAAGAUGGCCAGUACUUCAGAAACAAUGAGUUACAAGCGUGUGGGUGGAUUUAUUUAACUUGUGCGACCAAUACGUUCGGAUAAGGAUUAUUGUUCUGGUAUUCAGGUUUUCUUGUUACAUAGCGCUAUGCAGUAAGUGAUAACAAUGUUUAAAACUAGUUGUUUCUUGCUACCUGUGGAAAAUUGUGUGUAUGAAUACUAUUUCUGACCAAGGUAAAUUCGUGCUGUGUUGUGGGGUCUUGAUAUUGAGGUGUAAAGAUCUGUCGGGAGUUUUUCUGUACCUGUGUAUCGGUACGGCCACAGUGUGUUGAUACUCAUGGGGAAGCUGACCGGAACCGUCUGGAGUAUUACGUGGUUAAUUAUCAUCCUGGUUUAUACUAAAAGGAGCCAAGCGACCCUCUUCCCCUAUCCUUACUCUUUCUUUAUCAACCAACCAGGAAACCAUGUAUGUGUGAGCACUCGCACAGUGGAAACUAAAUAUACUGUCAAGUGCAGUUUCUGGAAGUGGGGUCGCUGUACCAAAUAUAAAGAUAAAACGCUCUACAACUACUUCUGCUGUAGCGGAUACCAGAACUGGGUUGACGAUUUAACCGUCUGUAACCACGCCAUUUGUAACAGGCGUAUCAAUCCUGAGGGCGACGGGGCAUGUACCCAGUAUUACAGCAACGACUACAUCCAAUACAGGUCUGGUUCGACACAAAGACAUAGCGGGGGUAGUUGCAAUGCUCCCGAACAAUGUUCCAACUGUAACGACGGAUUCUAUGCAAAUGGGGGCAUGUGUGAAAUUUGUCCAAAGAUAGACCGCUGCCUGCACAGGAAGUGCACUUCUCCCUCGGACAACCAUUGUGCCUACUGUGAUGGGGCGAUAAGGGAGGAGCAGUACUGGCGGGCUUACACCUCCGCCACCGACAACCAGAAAAGCUGUAAACAGGCGUGUUCAUGGAGAUCAGACAGCACGCGCUGCUACCCUGGAAAGUGUUCUGCGGAGACAUCAGCUAGUUGUGUAUGCAUGCAGGGUUUCACUGGCCACCACUGUGACGAGAUAAUUGAUGCUCCAUCCGUCAGUGACCAGCAAGCAGUCCUCAAAGACUUGAAUGGUAGGACAGUGGAAAACCCUACCGAUCUCAGUGGUACCUAUUCUGACCCGAUGCCCACCGUGUGGACCAAUAAUGGGUUAAUCAACAGGGUCAGUGCAUACUUUACCGGUGUGUUCAAGGUUGAUGUCCCUGUGGCCGACUUGCCUCCUACUCCAUCCAGUGAUGGGACCACCCAUUAUGUCACAGACUUUCAGUAUGGUAUCAUUGGUGGCGAGAUCAAGUUUACCUUGUACAGAGGUUCAACAACAGUUUGGCCGUAUUACACCAGAAAGUGCCAGGGAUCCGACAUGAAUCCAACAACAGCAGCCUACACGUGUUCUAAGGAUAUCACGUUCAGUGCAUGGAGCGACUUCAGGCAUAAUGAUAAAUUGUAUUUUGAUAUGUCAGUCAAAAAUGGAGGGUACGUGAGAAUCGUCCAUAGAGAAAAUCGUUAUGCCCAAACCUUGUUCAAGUUGAAAGGGAAGACCCACUCGCGCCGAUUCAUGUACCACUUUGACAUGGAGCUGCCGUAUCAUGCCUGUGCCGCGAGUGGGGGCACUUCCUGUGGUCAGGCAGUCACGGCACCCGACCUUACUGAUAAUCCAUCAAUCAGCUUCAGCUGGGACGGAUGGGCAGACGAUCUGUCGGGCCUCGGCAAAUACGAGUAUGAAGUUUACUUUACAAGGAAUAUUGCGGGACAAUUGACGGAAGAUUCCCUCCUUCCUGGCAUGCCCGUUGUCAUGCCAGCCACCCAGAGCUCGGCGACCUUCACCUUGACAACACCUGGCAUGUACAUGUUGCUACUACACGUGAUAGACAACGCAGGAAACAUCCAGAGUGCCAGGAAGGUUUUUCUGUACGACAAUAUGUCUGAGGUUGAGAAACGAACAGGAAAAUAUGCCCGUGUUACCACUGCCUCGUCCAACACUAGCUACGAUUGGGUUGUCAAGGAUACCAACACCGUGGACGUCCUCUGGACAGACCUCUUCAUCAACGAGAGACACAAAGACAAUCAUUGGCUGAAUGAAAUCAAGCCCUUUACGGAUGUCAGCUGGAACUAUGACGACAGAUUUGGCAACAGGACAACAGCGAGGAUAGACCAUGUCAAUGGUAUUGUUGACUUCUGGGUAUCAUUCGCGGUGUACACAGACAGUGGGACAUUAAAAGACUCGCAGGUACUCACCACCGUCAAACCCAAUAUUCACGACCAAAGUACUUCACUGACAGUUGACUGGGAGGAUGGUGACAAGCUAAAUGUCACCGUACGAGCCAUCGAUGUCAUGCAAAAGUAUGAUGAUGUGGAGCUGACUGUAUAUCGGGAUCAUACACCACCUGUGAUACGCGAUCUGUGGCUCACUCGCGGAGGUCGUACCAACCUGUCUGUCCACAGCUUAGAGGAUUUCACCACAAUGACGAUUGAGUGGGAGACCUAUGACUUCCAUAGUGGUAUAGACACUCUGUACUGGAAGCUCUACGACAAUUACACAGACACUGUUAUACAGCACGGCCAUGAGGAUCUCGUCUCACAACGGGAAGAUGAUCUCGCCUCCUGCCAAGCCACUUAUGGUGGGGAUCCCGGAGAUUGUUACUGUUCACCGUAUCAGGGCUGUUUCCAUCAGCACUUCACAGUGACACCGGAAAUCAAGCUGGGUGCUGGGCUGGUCCUUGCACAUGCCAAUGGGAAACAUGAUUCCGACUAUUACAUAGAGAUCCAGGUCACGAACAUCGCCAAACUUGUAACCACACUCAGGAAGAAGAUAACGAUUGAUGUGUCCCCGCCCCACACGGGAGUUGUCCAUGAUGGAGUACGAGGGUCGCUAGAGGUCGAUUAUCAGCAGUCAUUCAACCUCCAUGCACACUGGGAAGGCUUUUUUGACCGCGAGAGUGGCGUAAAGAUGUAUUUGUACAAGUUCGCAACCUCUUGUCAAGAUGCAGCGACCAUGGUCCUGGACUCAACUGACCCAAAUGUGAUAGAGACAACCGACACUGAUGUUAGCUACACAGCCACAAGUGAUGGAGAGUAUUUUGUAACAGUGGUGGCCUUCAACCAUGCCCUGGAACCGUCUACACCAGUGUGUUCGGAUGGAGUCACGAUCGACAGUGGUGUGACAGCGGUCCGUGAGAUCUCCGUGGAUACGGCCAAGGUCAGAGGAGGACUUGUGACUGACCCUGGAGCUACAGCCGUAUGGAUACUAGAUACUGACCGCUCCCUGAGGCAACUUUCAUCUACCUCAGCAGCUUGUCGUGCCAAAGCCACAGUGGUGUCCGACCUUGAACUGUUUCCGAGGACCCGCUAUGCCAACCAGACCGAGGUUGUAGUGGACGGAGACACAUUCUGUGACAACAGCACUGGAGCACCUUCACCCGUCGCAAUGAUGCUUCGAAAGUCUUCUAGUCUGACAGUUUCCUGGAUGGUCGAGGACACCAUUGGAGGGGUGUUUGAUCACGAGUUUGGACUGGCCAGUGCAGCUGGUGGCAGUGCUGCUCCGAAUAUUUUUGGCUACGUUUCCACAAAACAAAAUACGCACAUCACCCUCCACCAUGAGGAUGUCUCAACAGGUGUCCAGUUCUACAUGGCCAUCAAAACCAUCAGCAAGACGGAGACAGAAAAUAUACAGACACUCGGACCGUUCCUGUUGGACACCACAGCCCCGACCUUUAGCGGAGCAGUGGCCUUGACCUUGGUUAGUGAGUAUCUGGUUGCUUCCUGGACUUCCUCAGCUUUCCAGGAUACAGAGGAGUACUAUGAGCUGUUCUACACCUUUGCCAUAGGACACAGUGAGUAUGCAGUGGAUGUCCAGCAGUACAAACCGUUGUCAGGGGGCGCCACCUGUACCCUAAGCGUGAUCCCUGAUUGUACAGCCGCCCUGGUGGCUGAUCUUGACUGGGAUCUUCAUGGUCACCAUUCUUACUAUGUCACUGUGAGGGCUGAGAACUCUGUGGGUCUCUUCGUCAUGGCAACCUCAAGUGCAUACAUCCAUGAUGUACAGUUGGCUGCCAGGGGUGUGGUCCUAGAUGUCCCAGUGGGGAGUGAUAAGGAUUCUGUGCCCUACACGGAUAUUGAGGACUCAGACUUUCAAACUGACCAGACCAAACUUCAGGCCCGAUGGAUGAAGUUUGACCACCCCUAUCUGAAUAUAACUUACCGUAUCGCUAUAGGUACAACCCCAGGAGGAGCUCAGAUCUAUGGCCCUGCUAGUGUUGCAUCACAACUCGCAUUUGAGAAAACUGGGCUCAGUCUGGUCCACUGGCAGACAUACUACUUCACCGUCGAGGCUGUGACAUCUGUGGGCAGUGUCAAUGUGACGUCCGACGGUAUCACAGUUGUCCAGGAGGGGGCAACACUCACAGGGGUCAAUGUGUUUGAUGGAAAGCUGUGCAACUUUACUGUGGAUAAUGGCACACUGUUCCAUCACCAUGAACAGGAUCAUCGUGUACGCUGUGAUUUGGAGAGGAAUUACCAGACAUCACUCAGCACUAUACAGGCCUACUGGACCAUUCCAUCAGCCAUACGCUACUACACUCCAGACGCUCACUGGGCAGUUGAAGAGGAAGAUGCAGCAGGGGGAGGUAUAUGGACCGUGGUACGUGAAUUUGAGCACCUGUCAACGUCAUUUGAAGCAGAGGCAAAUGACCUCCUCCUUCUACCAGGACGUUCGUAUCGUGUUGCCCUCAAAUUGUGUGCUGGCAUGACAUGCUACGCCCCGAUAUAUACUGACGGUGUCCUGAUCCUCUCGAGUCCACCAGUCACCGGAAACUUGCUGGUCACCCACUUCAACCUUACCACUGGUGGAGGGGUGGAGAAGCUGAUGGUACAGAUGGAUCGUUUCUAUGAUUCUGACAUUGCUGACCCUACUGCCAAAUUUGAGGCCGUAGAGAAAUAUGAAUGGGCUAUCACUGAUAAUUCUGUCAGUGGCAAGAUCUUCACAAAGUGGACAAAUCUAGACACUUUCACCAUAUCUUCAGAAAAGAUGACCUUUGAACUGAGCCUGACCGGUGAGAUGGACUUCUCUCGAUGUAAGCGUCUCUCUGUCCGGGGCUACAACAAGGCCAAUCUGUGGUCAGUGGUGUCCAGUCAGAUCUUGGACUGUGCAGCCUUUGCCCCGAUACUGAUCAACCCAAAUACCAUCAUAGAUGCUGUGGGUGAACAGGAGUAUGAUGAAACGGGCACCGUGAAAAAUGACUACGGCAAAGAAAUCUUCCUUAAAGAGAAUGCUUUGUGGACGUUUCAUGAUGUAGACUACACUCCAUACUCAAACAUGAUCUCCGCUGUGUGGCCGCAUCUGCGACACCGUAACUACACCUACGCAGUGCUGAGGAGCCUAGCAGUAGAUGUGACAUCGUAUUACCGUCCUACCAGUCUUCUUUCUCUGCCUGACCCAUGCUCACACCCCGAUAGUCUCAAGUGUGGCCACACAGAUAAAGAGUAUGUUAAUAUCGAGUUUGGUCCAGGGGAGUUGCAGCAUGGAUCACGUUACAUUGUGUGUCUACAUGCGGACAUUACUGUCAUACAGCAAGAGACCUGGGUCCAGACACUGGAGGCUGUCAGCGUGUGCAGUGAUGGUGUGGUGGUGGACCUGUCCCCGCCCACCCCUGGUAACGUGUGGAUAGGACACACCCCUGGCAGUAUGUUCCAGACGACACUAACAGAUAUCUAUGUGAACUGGGAGACAUUUGUAGAUGUGGAGGAGUACAGUACCGCUUCACAUUCCACAGGCAUUCAGGCUUACACCGUUAGCAUAGGGACGACUGCCGGAGGUAAUGAUAUGGUAGACUUCACUGAUGUAGGGGCAAGUAACCACAUUGCUUUCCACGGUCUGCAGCUCCAGAACGGCCACACCUACUACGCGACAGUAACAGCUAUGGACUUCGCCAGGAGAAACACCACUCAGACAAGCCCUGGUGUCGUCGUAGAUGUGACUCCGCCCCGUAAAAGUGACAAGCCAAUCGUGAUUGAUCGACACUUCAAUUCGCGGACAGGAAUAGGAGCCUGCUGGAUAGAAGUAUUUGACGACCUUGAGAGUGGGAUACAGCGGUACACAUGGGCUGUAGGGUCAGAGCCAGGUUACGACGAUAUCCUAUCAUACACAGACGUGGGAGAUAUUGUAUGUGCUGUUCAAGAUGAAAAUGUGAUCCUUGACCUUCAUGAAGGGCAUGCAUACUACAUAACAGUUAAGGCAUACAACGGAGCUGGGCUUAACUCUCAAGCUUCGUCCUGGGCCAUAACUGUGGACCUCUCCCCGCCUGUUGCAGGCCAUGUGUACGAUGGCAAACGUGACAACCAACCAUCCAAUAUGCUGGACAGGGACUUCCAGACAGACAGGAGUUAUAUUGCUGCAUUUUGGGAAGGUUUCCAUGAUCCACACUCCAACAUUCGCGAGUAUUCCGUCAGUAUUGGUACAUGUCGUGGCUGUCAGGAAGUGUUGGAGACACAGGCUGUUGGUAUCACAAAUGAGUUUGUACUGUCCAUGAAACACCUUGGUGUGGGUUUGACAUACUACACCACGGUGACGGCCUGUAAUACAGCCAACCUGUGUUCCUCUGUCACUUCUGAUGGAGUGAUCUUAGAUAACAGUCCACCAACUGCCGGAGUGGUUCAGGACGGGACCUUUCCCUGGGACAUCCACUACCAGGCAGUACCGACUUAUAUUGGGGCAAAGUGGUACGGGUUUUCUGAUCCGCAGUCCGAGCUUGACCAUUAUGAAUGGUGGGCAGGAACUGACACUGGCUCUGAUAAUGUGAUGGCCAAGCAAAUUCUCCACCUGUCUGAGGUGGCAACCAAUCCCACUGUUCCAAGUCUACCUAUCGACCAGACCAUCUACAUCACAGUCAGGGCCUAUAACAAAGCAGGGUUGUAUGUGGAUUCAGUUUCAAACGGAUUUAAAGUUGAUAUCAGUCACCCAGUUAUUACCAAACCCGUGCUGUCUUCAGACUUCGGUGUGUUUGUGUCCGGCAAACUAUUUCUAAGGGAUUCAUUCAAGGUUACAUGGACUGCAGUUGAUCAAGAAUCUCAUAUUGAGAGGCAGCAUCUGUCUAUAAAGGCCCACAGAAAUGGGGAAUUUCAGCUCUCCCCUACAAAGGUAAAUGGAAUAUUACGAGACUUUACCUUCACUGGCCUUGACCUUCAUGAUGGGGUCAACUACUACGUGAACCUCAUUGCCUGUAACGGGGCGGGGAAAUGUACCCAGACGGAGUCGGACGCCAUCUUUGUUGACAGUUCUCCCCCUUCCAGAGGAAUGUUUUCCAUCAAAACAAACCAUGCAUCUCUAAUAAACCGUGACGUACCCAACUCAAUGACGUGGACUAGUCGUGCCCUCUUUUUGUCUUGGAUUGGAUUUGCUGAUCUCCAUUCGGAAGUAUCUAAUUACUUCAUCAACGUGGGCAGUACUUACAUGGCUGCUGAUCUCAAUAAGAUAAUUGGAACACCUGGGUCUGUGUCACACAGCAAUACAAGUGACGUUUACGAUGAAGGCCACAUACAGAGCGCUAAGAUAGACACACAGGACCUCAGCAAGGCCUCUAACACUCUCUUCAUACAUAUGUGGGCCGUCAAUAAGGUUGGCCUGUCGAGCCCGAUCAUUCACUCGAUGUUUAAGAUGAUUGCGGGUGGGUCUCUGGAGCUGAUGCGUCGUUGUGACUCGUACUCCUGUCUGGGUCACUGUGUGUGUGCCCCCCAGGACACCGUGUGUCCUUACAGCCACCUGGACCCCUGUACCAACUAUACCUCACAGGAUAACCCCAACUCUCCCCUGGAUGUCACCGACUUUGGGAUCACUGCUUACACUGCCACAAAUAUGGGGCUCGGUGCUGUUUGGAGAGUUUCUAACUUUGAUGGGUUACAGCCACUCUGGUAUGAAUGGAGCGUUGGUUAUGAAUUUUUGGCCUCACCUGAGGGGAUUUUUCACCAAGCUGACGAGAGAAUUUGGCAUGACGCUGGACAAAAUAUGCAGCAUUUGUUUCUGGUGACCAGAGCAAAAUCAAGUCUGUCGGAGGGGAUAGCCUACGCGUUCUUCGUCAGGGUGUGGUAUGCAUCCAAUGUCUACGCUAUAUACAAGUCCAAUGGUGUUACAAUAAUGACAAUAGCACCCACCCCGACUGUAAUUCGAGGAAGUGCGGUGACUGAAUCCAACCACAAGUACAGCCACAAAGACAUGGACUACCUGGAGGUCCAGCCCUUCAUGGUGAGCUGGAAAAACAAGUUCCUGCAGUCCCAUACCUACAUAAAGUCCUUCAACAUUUACCUCAGCACCAUGCCAGGAGGGGAUGAUGUUUACAAAGUGGCGGCCAGUUUUCCCGGCACCAUCACCAGUUACAACUUCACAAGAUUCAGGCUCGACCCUCGCAUCAAAUACUACACUAACAUUGUGGCCUACAGCCUCUCCGGUCAGCACCACACCGAGUCAUCCGAUGGAUUUGUGAUCGACAAUGUUGUACCAGUGAUGGGGUCUGUGUACGACGGCACAGGAUCAGAACUUCACUGCCCUAUAUGCAGCUCCAGGAGAGGUAUACAUGACUUGGAGUACCAGAGUAGCCGCUCAAAGUUGGGGGCAACGUGGCACGGUUUUGUGGACCUUGACGCAGGAGUAAAGACCUAUUACUGGUGCGUGGGUACCACACAAAGCAAGACAGAGUGUUCCAUCAAAACGUGGGAGGCCGUAGGUCUUCGAACCGCCGUCAGCACCAACCUAUCAACAGCUCUUUCCCAUGGUUGGAGAGUUUACAAUAAGGUAUAUGCUGUUGAUGGUCUGGGACAGAAAUCCGACACUGCUGUGUCUGAUGGGGUCACCGUGGAUACGACCCCACCUUAUCCUGAGCAGUUGGUUCAUCUUGAUAAUAUUAAUGUGGCUGCCAAUCCAUCAUUUGAGAAUAGUGGUGGCCAUUCCAUACCCUGGGACAAAGUCAACAGUACAGACAUAUGUAAUGUCAAUUCCACACUCCUCCCAGACAUAUGGACCAGUGCCUGGGAUACGUGUGUGGCUGUUGUGUCAUCUGAUACAAACCUGGCCAAAGAUGGGAGAUCAAUGGUGAUUGUCCGAGGUAUGCUGUCCCAGGAUAUCAGUGGACUAGAAAUGAAAGGCCUGUACAGGAUUACCUUUGUCACGUCACACCUUCCUAGUGUGGAUUCUGUCAUCGCCAAUAAGGAAGGCUUUGUUGAAUUUGGCAAUCGCCAUGUCUUCCUCUUGUACACCAAGGCUUAUCGCCUUGACGACCACGGCAGUGACACAAGGGAGACAAUCUCGUGGCAUCUGCACACGUUUUACUUUGAGGUGACCAGCACUACAAUGACACUAAGCCUCGGCAGUUUGGAUCGGGGUACGGGAAUAUUGAUCGACGAUGUUCAGGUACAUCAUGUUACACGCAAUACUGGUGCCACAUCUGAUACAGUGAAUGCACAUGUGGUAUUUCUACAUGAAUGGGGGUCUAUACAUGGAUCCUGGAGCUUUCUUGAGGCAGAAAGCCACAUCACUGAGUACCUGUGGGCUAUAGGCUACAAGAAAGGAGGAACACAGGUGCAGGAUUUCCGCAGUGUUGGACAGCAGAGGUUUGCCUACAACAACACGGUCACCCUUGUACAUACAUCUGAGAUUUAUAUUACUGUGGUAGCUACCAGCACCUCGGGGCUGCAAAGCAUUGCCUAUUCUCCACCCAUCCUAGUAGAUCUCACCCCACCCAUCUUCACCGCCGUCAGUGAUGGUUCAGGUACAGGAACAACUGAGUUAGACUUGGACUCCUGGGAACAAGAUGAAGUCCUGGUCAACUGGCAAGUCCAUGACCCAGAGUCGGGGCUGGACUUCUGUGAAUGGGCCAUAGGUUAUCAGCCAUUUGGAAAUGAGUUACAAACUUUCACCAGGAUAGCUGACAAUGUGUUUACGGGACAGAUUCAGGAUGUUGGAUAUGCCAAUGUCGAAGGCAUGACUGUCUACUCCACGAUUCGCUGUCAGAACAAAGCUGGUGUCCAGUCUGUCAGCUCGUCCGAUGGUGUCCGUAUCUCCCGACUUAGUCCAGCAGUGGACAAUGUCCAGUUCAGUACAAUCGGACUGACGCAUACAGAGUUCUCGGCAGCCCCACACUUUCAGGCAGACACCACACAAGUUCGUCUCAAAUGGUCCGGCUUCAGAGACUCAGUCGGCAUUGAGGGCUUCAUAUUCAGAUUGGAUGAUAGGAGGUGGAAAAUGUUGGCCUAUGACCAGGAGGAGACCUAUGUGUGGAUACAUGGUUUGGAACUAUCGGAAGGCGAACAUGACCUUGACAUCUCGGCUGUGAACCUCCAGUACAGGACAAGCCCCAAAGUUACUGCAAACCUGACAGUGUUAACACACACUCCCACCACACACGUUAACACUCCACUGGAUGUGACCUGGGACGACACAAGACAGGAGUUAACAAUAGCAUGGGACAGUGUAUUUACAUCUACAUAUGAACUCUUCUACGAGGUGUCGGCUGGUAGCAACUUGGGCAGUGGUGACAUCGUCCAGUGGAUGGAGACCACGGCCUCUUCCAUGACACUGACCAUUCCAUCGGUCAUCACAAACCUUUCCAACCUUCGUAUAUAUGUGUCGGUCAGAGCGGUGACUCUCAGUGGCAAAUCAGCUGUUAAGUUGGGCAGUGUUCAGCUUCCAGCCUCAUAGUGACCAAGCACUUUCCUGUUUGCUGUAAAUACGCCCACUAACUCAUUCACCCCUGAAAACACAUUUGAACUCUUCGAAAUCAAGGGUCGGAAUAGUUCAUUAUAAAAUUUCACGGGUGAAUGAGUCUUCUGAAGAUCUUCUCGCAUCUGCAGGUCUUCAAUAUCAUAUCAAUACUAUGCAAAUGGAAUAAUUCCUGCUUAGUGUGACAUACUGGUAGACCGUUUCAUCAUUCUACAUUAAUUACAGAUAAGUUAAGCUCUCAUUCCUGUGAGCAUGUGAUGGAACUGUCCAGGGCAAGGAAAGGAUGAAAGAAAUUCCUUACACCAGAUUCCACAUGCAUGACUUCACAAUGGGACAGCAAUGCUGUGACGUCACAAAAUUUGGAACAUUCUGAUGCCGCAGUGUAGAAAUUGCUACCCUUUUUGUGGUUUCUGAGCUUAUUCUGGUGACUGGAAUGAGAGAAAAUACUCUUUUAUGCGUAGGAAAGGGUUUUACCCAAUUUGAAAACCUUCAGGUGGAAUUUUCCUGUCUUAUAGGCUAUAUCAACUAUGGUUUAGGAAUGUUUCCAUUUAUUCCUGAGUGAUAUCCUGUUAAAAAAGUACUAUACAAAUAUUUAUUAAGCAGUAAAGUUUUAAUGUUUUUGUCUACACAACAUUUACGCUGUUGAAGUUCUGUUCUCUUUAGCCUUCGUUGAUGUUGACCUCAUUAUCCUGUUGUGUCAGGCUUGUCACAAGUUGACUUGAUCAGUGCUUUUUCUUCCAAAAUUUAGCAGCAGCUUGUACCUACAUUGAUUGGGGAAAAUGUAGCGGGGAAGCAGUCUGUUUUUGGCUCUAAACCCAGGGCGCUGGGAGGGGGAGGGGGAGGGAGGGAUCUCUGAACCCCAUAGAUACGUGUCAAAUUUGUCAUUUCACAUAAUUAUAUGCUUUACAUGCUUCUGUUCUGUUGUCUUGUCUAGAUUUACGAUGUUUUUAUCAUUAUUCUAUUAACUAAUGAUAUGCUGUCAGACCUUACCAAUUGAGGCAUUAGCCGAUACAGAAAUGUUACAGAAUGUUACAGGAAACUGUGAUCUAUGGAAGACGAAAGUUUGUAUUAGAUUCGUCUAUAUCAGUUCUCCGUUAUCUAAUGAAAAGCUCGAGAUGUUAAAAUUCAUCUAAGAAAGGGGGCAAUAAAUUGAAGAAAGAUUUUCUGAAAAUACCAAUUGAAAUCUAUUAAGAUAUUCUUUAAAUUCUAAAAUAUUGUCUGGGGAAAAUGUUGAAAGAAAAAAUGACUUGUAGAAAAAAUAAGAAGGCUUCAAUAGUUACUUGGUAUUGUUACUAUUAAGGUCAUAGAUGACCCAAAAUGACUUUAUAAAUCGAUUAUAACAUAAAAUUGAUUACCAAUUCAAUAACCAAUAUAAUCUGUUCAUUAUUGCAUCAAAGUGUCAAAUGUAUCCACUGUAAAAUAUGCAUUGAAAGUUGAUUUUUACUAGUAUAUGAUUGACAAAACUGCGUGAAAGAUGCUUGACAUCCAUUCAUUAUAAAAAACCGAAACCUAAUGUAUAGUUUACAACUCUGUCUGUUGAUGUAACAGAAGCGCUCUCACUUUAUUUGGGUAUUCAGUCCCAUAAAAUUAUAUACCCAUUUUGCAAUCAAUCAUCAAAUGGUUUACUAUUUCCCUAUCACAAACCGAUUAUCAUUUAUAAUUUUAAACUGAUUGACCAUCACGACUGCUUCAAUACAUCAAGAUUUUGUUGUUUAAUUACGUAUUCACCACAACACCAAUGUAUAUAGAAUGGUAAUUUUAUGAUUUCUAUUUUUGAACACUAAGAUGUUGUUUAUCAUAAUUUUGAAAAUUUAUGUUUAAUAGAAAUCACGAUAUUUAAUGAGCUUCAUUUUUCGCCAAAAAUCUGGCUGCGGCCUGUUAACAUCAUUUUUUCAAAAAGGGCGUCUCAAAGUUUUCUUGUUCAAACAUUGUGAUACGUACUUUUCAGCUUUACUUACAUAAUUUGAUACUCAAGAUAGGGAUUGAAAUUGAAUUAUUAGGGACAACAUUUUGUUAUUCUGUGUAAAACAACUUCGCUAAAUCUGAAAGUAAUUGGACAAAAGUUCUUUUAAAUGAAGCUCUCUAAACUAGAAGACUUUUCAAUGAACAACUUUUUUUCUGUAAAAUCUGUCAACCCAUUGGACUUAUCUUCAUUUUAUGAAGAUCAAACAAUUUAUUAUGAGAGCUGUUUCACCAAUCCUUUUGGAAUCCCCUCCCCCCGCCAAAUGAUAUUGGGAACCAUGUAUCUUAACAUUUUAGCCCACCUUCAUCCAUGAUCUGUUCACCUGUCAAUAAGCAAUUCUUGUUAUUGCUAUUUCUGAGAAGGUACUGGAAGGAUUCUCAAACUUCACAUGAAGGUUACCAGUGGUCCUAAGUUAUGAAUAAAACAUUUUUGGACUGAUCAAAAAAGUAAGAUGGCUGACAGGUAUCCAUCUUUAAUUUUGAGAGAGAGGGACUGGAUAAUAGUACCUUUAAGGAAAAUGAAGAGCAAAGAAGGAAAAUAUAAUCUUUUGUAGAUAUGAUAAAGAUCCUUUGAUGGUGGGCAUCAAGAUCCUUCUAGGAAUCUUGUUUAUUUGAAUAUUUGUAAUAUAUUCAAUGUAGACCAAACUCUGUGAUAAUUAAUUAAGUUAUAUAUGGAUUCCGUCCAGUGUGAUUAUUUUUGAUAAUUGUUGUUGAAACUAUUGAUUUUUCGUAUUUAAUUGUUUUACAUUUUGAAAUAUAUUUCGCAAUUAAAUUUUGUCAUGUGAUCUUCAGCAAUCCAGCAUUGUGGCACUGUGAUUCUGUUCCUACAUUUAUAUCUAAAAGUCCAGUGGUGUACAAACUGCAUCGUCCAUGGCUUAUUUAUUUCAUGGAGCUUGAAUUUAUUACCAAAUUCCAUUGUUUUUAGUAAUACAGUUCUGAUAUAAUACUAGAAAGAUUUUUUGUGUAAAUGUAUGUUUCAACAUGAGAAAAAUUAUGUCUUUGUUGAUUUUAAAAAUAUCACUUCGUAAAAAGUUCCAUAUAUAUAUAGAUAUAUUUAUUUGAAUUAUUUUAUUUUUCGUGUACAUUGUUUACCUGUUUUCCAUAUUAGGGAUGGUAGAUACACCACAUCUGUUAACCCUUUCAACCCUCUGUAACUUUAGUAGACUCUACCAUGCAUUGAUAUGGGUGAGUCCAUUAUGAUCUGAAGUGGUGAAAGUGUUAAUGAGAUAGUAUAAUGAUACCCAUUUUCACCACAUCUUGGUUUAGAUUGUGAAAGUGGAAUAUAUUUUUCUGCAAAUAUACAUGUAGUUGCAAAUGAAUUUUCAAAGUGGAAGUAAUUAUAUAAAACAUGCUUGACAGAACUUAGGAAUAAUAAUAAUCACAUCCGAUUAUCUGAUUAUCUAUUUAUCCUCUUUCAAUAUUGAUUUCUUUCAUUUUUUGUCGCUCAGAAAGAUUAAGGAUUUACAAAUCUAAAUAGAAUAAGAAUGAAAAAUAAAAUAUGUUAAACCUGAUAACUACUGUUUUUAGAAAACCAGAUUUAGCUGUAGAAAGAUUAUAUUUGCAUUUCAAAAUGGUAGUUAGAUUUCAAAGAUAUGGAAAGGAGAGAAAUAAUCUGUAUUCUGAAAACAAAGCGUUUUAUCUAGAGGGAUAAACACAUGAAUGAAUGUAGAGAGAUUAAUGUGUCUUAGGUUUCUGUGUUGGAGAUAUCCUGUUUAGUUCUAUAUAUAGCAUUGGUGCUAUUCCACGCUGGUGUUGUCCCUAAUGUUUCUAAUAAACGUUUCUUUGUUAAGAAAGCUGUCAUGUGUACUUGUCUGAUUUAA